CUGUCCUCGAACAUCCUGUGGCUCUGCUGUUAUUUUGGAGAAGUCCAGCAAUGCAGUGCUUUGCUCUGAGUGCAGCUUUGCCUUCUGCGUCACGUGCAGAAUGACCUACCAUGGAUUAGAAGAGUGUGAAACCAAGAAAAAACAUGCAAGAGAUGCAUUGCACACCGCUUUAAAAAGCCUAGACUUGCCACAGUCACAAGAGGGGUUGAGUGCUCUCUUGAAUGACUAUAAACAUGGCAGUAAGGAGAGGAAACGCCUGCUGGUGAGCAGAUAUGGUAACAUGCUGGUAAUGCUGGAAAGUAAUCUGAAUGACACCUGGUUGGCCAACAACAGCAGAUGCUGUCCUCACUGCUUCAGCAGAAUCGAGAAGAAUGGAGGAUGUGACCACAUGUUAUGCACUCAGUGUGGACAGGACUUCAGUUGGUGCUGCGCUCUCAGACUGACAACAAAAAAUGGAAAAACACACUUACAAGAAUAUGUCUGUGAGAACCACCGAAAAUAGCCUCCCAGUGCUUCCGCUACUUUCACCAGCAGCCCAUC